CUUUACUUCAUAGUAUACACAAUUCAGAAUUUAUAUCCAAUGGCGUCUUCAAUGCUCAAAGCUGCAAUUCUUAUUGUCUCAGACACGGCUGCAAAUGAUCCUGCCACAGAUGCGUGCGGCAAUACGCUAAAAGACGUGUUUAAUUCCGAGGGUUCCCAGCAGUGGGAUGUGGUUGAAACGAGAAUCGUUCCUGAUGAUGUACUCGAGAUUCAGCGUGCAGUAACUCAAUGGGCCGACAAGGAGACAGCAAAUCUAAUUGUGACCUCCGGAGGAACAGGAUUUGCAAUUAAAGACAAGACGCCUGAGGCCAUUGAGCCACUCCUGCACAAAAAUGCCCCGGGACUUGUCCAUGGAAUGCUUGCUGCGUCUUUGUCCGUAACUCCAUUUGCAUUGAUGUCAAGGCCUAUUGCUGGAGUACGCAAUAAGUCCUUGAUACUUACCUUGCCAGGUUCUCCAAAGGGAGCAAAGGAAAAUCUUCAGGCUAUUCUGAAGCUCCUGCCUCAUGCCUGUACCCAGGCAGCAGGUGCAAAUUCGAGGGCAUUGCACGCUGGCGGUGUCAAGAAGCUUGAAAAGGAGGCGGGCAUUGAAUCUGAUAACAAAUCGGCAGUUGGAGGUAAUACGCAUCAUCAUCAUCACCAUCAUGACCAUGGGCAUGGGCACGGUCAUGGAAAACACGGGGGACACGCCAUUCCAGUUCCUCACACCAAUGCUGAAUCUCGGCCCAAAUCAAACGACCCCAGUCAAGGAGCAAGCCACCGUAAUCGGGCUUCGCCUUGGACGAUGCUUUCUGUUGAAGAUGCUUUAAAGCUAAUAAAAGAAUUCACGCCGGCGUUCAAAACCACCCGUGUCCCUGUGAACAGCAACUUGAUUGGCGCUGUGCUCGCUGAAGAUGUCAAGGCUGCCGAAGCCGUUCCUGCAUUCAGAGCUAGCAUCGUGGAUGGCUAUGCUGUGAUUGCUACAGAGAGCAAGCCUAACACCAAAGGUGUAUUUCCAGUCGCUUCCAUCUCACACGCUGCGCCUGGAGAAAUUCCAGACUUGAAGAAAGGCCAGAUUACCAGAAUUACAACGGGAGCACCGUUGCCACCGGGAGCCACUUCUGUGGUCAUGGUGGAAGAUACUGUCCUAAAAUCCACGACAGAAGACGGCACCGAAGAGAAAGAAGUUGAGAUCCUUACAGAUGAUAUCAAACCUGGCGAAAAUGUAAGAGAAGUCGGCAGUGAUAUUCAAGCUGGCGAGACAAUCUUGUCCAAGGGCGACGAAAUCAGCGCUGUUGGAGGUGAACUGGGCUUGCUUGCGUCAGUUGGCGUCUCUGAGGUUACUAUAUACCAAAAGCCGGUUGUGGGUGUGCUCAGUACAGGUGAUGAGAUUAUACAGCAUGAUCGGCCUGGCGGGUUAAGGCUUGGAGAGGUUAGGGAUUGUAACAGGCCAACUAUAAUGGCUGCAGUCUCAGGCUGGGGAUUUGAGGUUCUUGAUCUAGGAAUUGCUCGAGACAAACCAGGUGCACUUGAGGAGACUCUCAGAGACGCUCUACGAAAGGUAGAUGUCAUUAUCACGACUGGUGGGGUUUCUAUGGGAGAGCUCGAUCUUCUCAAACCUACUAUUGAACGUUCCCUUGGCGGAACAAUCCACUUUGGCCGAGUUGCAAUGAAGCCGGGAAAGCCCACCACAUUUGCUACAGUUCCAUUCAAGGACAACAAUGGAGAACGUCAGAGCAAAGUCAUUUUCUCCCUUCCUGGUAAUCCCGCAUCGGCUGUGGUCACGUUUCACCUUUUUGUUCUUCCCUCGCUGCAUCAAUCCUCGGGCAUCUCGCCUGCUGGUCUGCCUGCAGUAACCGUGGUGCUCGAUCACGAUGUCAGGCUGGAUCCCCAGCGGGCAGAAUACCACCGAGCCAUAGUUACUGGAAAGGCAGAUGGUUUACUUCACGCAAGCAGCACAGGAAACCAAAGAAGCUCUCGGGUGGGCAGUUUGAAGAGUGCCAAUGCAUUGCUCUGUCUACCUGCAGGCAAAGCCGGUCCUCCAAGCUUUUCGAAAGGUCAAACCAUUAAAGCUCUACUCAUGAGCCAGAUUUCAAGUGGCUGAGUCUGCUCUUCUUUGGGAACGAGCUCAUAGGAGUACAUUAUCACCGUUAUAGACUCUUCAAAAUCAAUUUUUAGACUCCG